AUGUCUUCAUCAUCGAGCCCUGGGAAUGGAUCCACUCAUUUUUCUUCCUGCUCCGAUGUCCUUCCACCAGCUGGGACCAAAGGCCCCCUCGGUGCUCCUCCAUCUUCUAGGAGAUACAGUUCUGGCUUCCAGGGAGCCAGAUUCUUUAGCAGCAGAAGUCUGGGUGGCUUCAGCUCAAGCGAAUCUAGAACCGCAGGUAGCAGCUAUCAACCUGCUCGAUACGGAUAUGGUUUUCGGGGUGUUGGUGCUGGAUAUGGUUACUCUGGACCUGGAUACAGUUACAAUUCGUACAGCUCCUAUGGGGUUAGACGGGCUGGGCCCAACACCACCGGGACUCCCUUCAUCACCCCUGUCACUUGUAACGAGACUCUGUUGCAACCUCUCAACAUAGAAAUCAACGCUGCCGCCCAAGCAGUGAAAUGCCAGGAGAAAAACGAACUGCAGUGCCUGAAUAGCAAGUUCGCCUGUUUCAUUGACAAGGUCCAAUUCCUGGAGCAGCAUAACCUGAUGCUGAAGACCAAGUGGGACUUCUUGAAGGAAAAGAAGCGCCAGAAAAGCAACAUGGAGCCUCUGUUUAGUGAAUACAUCAGCAGACUGAGGAAGGAACUAGAGUGCCUUGAAUGGGAGAGGAAUCAGCUGCAGGUGGAAAUGAACAACUGGAGAGAAACGAUGGAGGGAAACAAGAAGAGGUUUGAAGAAGAAUGUAACAGAAGGGCCUGUGCUGAAAAUGAGUAUGUAACACUUAAAAAGGAAGUUGACUGUAUCUUCAUGAGCAAGUCAGAGAAAGAAGCCAAGGUGGAGACCUUGAUGCAAGACAUUUGCUUUUUUAGAACUACCUUCGAAGAGGAAAUCUCUGAGUUGCAGUCAUGUAUCUCAGACACGUGUGUCACUGUGAAAAUGAACAACAGCCGAGGCCUGGAUGUAGCCUGCAUCAUUGAAGAGUUCCGCUGCCGGUACGAAGAGAUCGCCUCCCGGAGCCGAGCUGAGGCAGAAGCUUGGUGCCAGUGCCAGUAUCAGGAGCUGAGGACAACAGCCACCAAACACAGUGACAAUCUACGCAGCGUCAAAGACGAACUUGGUGAACUGACCAGAGCACUUCACAGAUUGCAGGCUGAAAUCUCAAAUGUCAAAGCCCAGCUUUGCAAACUGGAAGAGGAGGUGGCUGGGGCUGAGGAGCGUGGGGAGAUCGCUGUGAAGGAUGCCAAAUGCAAACUGGCGGAGCUGGAGGAUGCCCUGCAUAAGGCCAAGCAGGACAUGGCCUGCCAGCUGCGAGAGUACCAGGAGCUCAUGAACGUCAAGCUGGCCCUGGACAUUGAGAUCGCCACCUACAGGAAGCUGCUGGAAGGGGAGGAAUACAGGAUGAGCGAUGGAGAAUGUGCUGUGAAUAUCUCUGUACAAAGGAGUCAGGGCGCAGUCGUGUGCAAUGUGGAUCCCAGCCUUGGUGCAGGAAGAGGUGGAGGUGUUCUGACCAACGGAAGAGACACCUCCAGCCCUGCAGGCUUCAGCACAGGGAAAACUGUGGGCGGUCCUCCCUGCGGGCACCCUUGUUCUCCACCUCCUCAAGGAUUUAGCAUCCAAAGUGGAAAAGGCUCCAGUGCUAAGUUUGUAGCAGCAGCUGCUCCUUGUGGAUCAAGAGGUUAA